AUGGGGCAAUCGAUUUCGGCGGCGGCGACGAAGAUGCUCAAGUUGGUCGUUAGAGCAGGAGCGACUCAUCACGGAUUCCGGAGAGGAGGAGCCAACCACUUGCGAGCACAAGGGCACUCGUUGGAGGAGAUCCGUACGAGAGGGCGUUGGAGAUCUAUGGCAGGCCUUCAAAGAUAUCUGAAGGACAUCCCGGAGGCGCAAGGUUGCAAGUCGACGAUGCGAAUGCGUGGAGGUCUGGAGGAACUUGAGGAGUCCGACGAGGAAUAA